AUUGUCAUUGUUUAAAUUUUAAAAUAAAAUUCAAAAAUAAAAUUCAAGAAUCGAAUAAAAUUUAAAAAUACGUACUUGCAAUUAAAAAAUCACUGCUAUGUACUUACAUUCACUCUCAUAUUUACCAACAACAAACUGACGACAAUUGAGUUUACGUCACAAGUAUUUAUUUACAGUAUUAGAUAGUUUGUAAAUAUGUUUAUUUAUAAAUUUUUAAUAAUAAUAUCAUUAAAAUUAAAUAUUAUCGUUAAUACUGAGGAAGAAUUCUGUUCUAUAGAAAAAAAUUCAUGCUCUGAAGAUAAAAAACUUGAAGAAUUGAUAGAUUUAAAUAAUGAUUAUAAAGAUUAUUAUGCAGCAAUAAAACAAGCCGAGGAUGAUUAUCAAGAAUGUAAAGCUAAAAAAUGCGGUUGUUUUACUGACGUUAUCGAGCAAAAUCUAAAACCAUUUAAAUCAGAUCGUAUCAAUAAAAAAUUAAUUGAUUAUUCAUUAUCUAGAGCAACUAUUUAUCAGAUAAUUGAUGGAAAAUUAUAUAGAGCUAAAGACUGUAUGUUUCCAUCAAGAUGCGCUGGGAUAGAGCAUUUUAUUCAUAAAGUAAUUGAUAAUGUGACAGACACUGAGUUUUUGAUAAAUACCAGAGACUAUCCCCAAUCAAGUAGGCAUUUUGGAACAGCACUUCCAAUAUUUUCUUUCAGUAAAACUCCGGAUUACUAUGACAUAAUUUAUCCCGCCUGGUCCUUCUGGGAAGGAGGUCCUGCAAUCUCACUAUACCCUCGUGGUCUAGGUCGGUGGGAUCAGCACCGGAAGUCUUUGGACAAAGCGAGUCAGGAGUAUCCUUGGGAGAGUAAAAACACUCAGGCAUUUUUUCGUGGCUCGCGAACAAGUUCUGAGCGUGACAAUUUAGUUUUGUUGAGUCGGGAUCAUCCGGAACUGGUUGAUGCUCAGUAUACUAAGAAUCAAGCUUGGAAAUCUGAUGAAGAUACACUUCAUAGACCACCAGCACCAGAAGUCUCGCUAGAAAAUCAUUGUAAAUACAAAUAUUUAUUUAAUUACCGCGGUGUCGCGGCAUCAUUCAGACACAAGCAUUUAUUUUUAUGUAACUCAUUGGUCUUUCAUGUGGGUGACGAGUGGACUGAAUUUUACUACUCGGCAAUGAAACCUUGGAUUCAUUACAUUCCAGUACCCAAAGAUGCGAGCAAACGAGAACUAGAACGACUAAUUAAAUUCGCACGAGACAAUGAUGGAAUAUCACGUAAAAUAGCACAGCGUGGUCGUGAUUUUAUCUGGAAAAAAUUACGGAUGUCAACAAUCGACUGCUAUUGGAAAAAAUUGUUACAAAAAUACACGAAACUUUUGACUUACAAACCAGUAAAGAGAGACAACAUGCAGCCAAUCAGUCGGAGAUGAUAAUAAUCGUCAUUUUACCUUCAAAUAUAUCUCUAUAUAUAUUAUAUGUGUACCCGGCAACUAAAAAAUUUCCAAGUGAUAUAAAUAAUUAUUACUGGCCAUGGAAAACAAGUUUCUCAUUUAUUUCUUGCGACAAAUGAGACUACUGGACACGGCCUUGACAGUGACUAUGGAGAAAACGUCAAGUUGAUAAUGCCAACAGAUCCAGAUAUAAAUUAACAUAAAAGGGUUUUGUCGAGGAAUCAUCAAAAUUGUCUGACUGGAUCAUAACUUUUUCCUUACUCACUUGGCCACGUACGAGCAGAAUUCUUUUUUUAAUAAUAAUAAUAAUGAUAUGUAUGAGGAUGAGUCCUAAAAGGUAGGAACAUCGAUUAGAGUAAGUCAUUGUUAUUUUAUUAUCAAUAAUUUAAACAUGAGCAAUGGGAGUUUCUGUUGCGGUCAAUAAAACUUUUGGUAGGACAAAGAGAACCUUGGCCUAAGUCACUGACAUCCAGGACUCAUUCCAUUCUAUUUAAAUAAGAACGUAGAUAUAAGUCGUAUGUGAUUCACCAGGACAUCGACUGCUACAUUUUGUUUGUUUUUUAAAAAAAAAAAUUGUAUCCGCGGCCGGAAGGAAAAGUUUAUUUCUUUACGUGUUCGAGUACUUGGAAUCAAGUGAGUUUACUUGUUUGAUUAUUCAUUAAUUUAAUUUCAUGCAUAUAUGAGUUCUAUUACACCCAUGGAAUUUUUUUAAUUUUAUAAAAAAUUCUCGCGAGAAUUUUUGGUUUUA